AAGUCUCAAUAUAAACCUUGCAUGUCUACAAUGGCUCAGCUUGAGGCCGGGUCGUUCCAGAGGAACUCCAUGAUCCUUUCCAUGACGAAGUCCUCUGGCAAUUCUGAGAUGGAUGAACAGAUGCUGAAGGAAACAAAGGAAGAGCUUGACCGUGGAUGGGCGCGUGGCCCCUUUGCUUUGCAUGAGCUUCCUCCAGGCAGCGGGUGAGCAGACGGUUUGCCAUCAGGCAAGGAAGUAAGGUGAGGAUGAUAGAUGACUUCUCCAUCUCUGGGAUCAACGAAACAUGCAUCACGCAUUGCAAGGUUGACCUGCAUAUGAUCGACACCUUUUGUGCUGUGUUGAAGCGCUACUUUGACGUGCUGGGUGGCGGUGGAGGCUCUUGUGAAUUGGUUGGCAAGACUUACGAUCUCAAGUCUGCAUAUCGUCAAGUGCCGAUCAAGGAAUCCCACUUGAAGUAUGCCUUCUUCUCUGUGUACAACCAUGAGUUGGGUGAGCCACAGGUCUACCAGUUGCUGACGCUCCCAUUUGGAGCGACUCACAGUGUGUACAGCUUCCUGCGCCUCUCCAGGAUGCUUUACAGUGUGGCCACGCGUUGUCUAUUCUUGCUCACGACCAACUUCUAUGAUGAUUACAUUUUGGCCAGCCGGCCUGCCCUUGCAGAAUCCUCCAGCAGCUCGAUGGAGCUGGUGUUCAUGCUCACUGGCUGGCAGUUCGCCAGAGAGGGCAAGAAGAGCACAGCAUUCAGCCGAACAUGCAAGGCUCUUGGCGUUGAGUUUGACUUCCACAGGUCCGAGGCGAGACUUGCUUCAGUCUGCAACACUACUGCCCGGGUCGAGGAACUUCUUGGGCUUAUUGACGCUGCCUUGACAUCCAAGGCCCUGACUCGCCAGGAGUCCCUUGUUUUGCGAGGGAAGCUCGGUUUUGCCGACAGUUAUUUGCAUGGCCGUCUAGGAUCUUAUGUUCUUAAGUUACUGGUGGAACAUGCAUACGCUCCUGGGGUUCAGCUUGGUGCUCAGCUUGGCAUGGCCCUUCAGUUCAUGUCCAGGCGCUUGCGAGAGAACGCUCCUCUCAUUGUCUCUGCGGGGCACGCUGCAAACUGGUACUUAUAUACAGAUGCUUCAUAUUAACCUGACACGAAGUCAGGUGGCCUUGGAGCUGUACUGGUUGACAAUGAUGGAAAAGUUGCAAAAUGGUUCGGCGUGGUGCUACCCCGUGAUGUGUGCCUGAAACUUAGAGCAGCUUACAAAGACACCAUCAUCUAUGAACUUGAGCUUGCAGCAGCUGUCCUGUCCUUUCAUGUGUGGGCAUCGGACAUUGAGUCUGGGAUGCAGGUGUGGUUUGGCGACAAUGAUGCUGUCCGUCAUGCCUUAAUUCGAGGUGCUGGUGCUGGCGGAGUCGCGGAUGUUUUCAUUCAGAGCUACCUUGAGGUUGAAGCUUCCAAGAACCUCACAACCUGGUUUGCGAGGGUUCCAACUGAGGCCAACAUCAGUGACUGGCCAUCCAGAAAUGAAAGUCAUCCUUUGCUUCUUGAACGUCACAACUGCCGAGACGAUGCGGUAGCAAAAUGGCAAGUUCUUCUACAGCUUGUGGAGUCAAAGCGUGAUGGUUUGUUGGGGAGGUGAGAUCAGCUUCGACCCCAAUUGCCUUUGGAAAAAGACCGCCCUGCUUGCAGAUUCAACACGGCCACAGUUGGAAGAAGACGGUGAAGCUGAACUUGUUCAUCAAACAGUCUUGUGCAAACUGCAGAAACCACAUGUUUCGAUGGCCGUGGUCUGUGAGCUACUAUGGUUUCAUUUUGUGCUCCUUGACGCUGACUGAACUUGCAGGCUUCAACAACUAUGCCUUGAUCAAUGAUUGUCGAGUGUCCGAAGAAUUUUUCUUUCAAGGGUUGGGUUGAGGUGGGCGCUUCAAAAAAUUUGAAGCUUGCCAAAAAGCGCCCACCCGCCCACACCAUUUUCUUCUAACCAGGCCAAACCCUCAGCCUGGUGAGAUCAGCUUCGACCCCAAUUGCCUUUGGAAAAAGACCGCCCUGCUUGCAGAUUCAACACGGCCACAGUUGGAAGAAGACAAUGUGAUCUUGGUCAGCAUUCAAACAUGUGGUGACUUUGGAGUUAUGACUCUGCCACCCGGAAGCCAUUAGAAAUCUCUUUACGGGUCGUGUUUCAUGGCGGGUCCCUCGUGGUGUCCCAGGAAGUGUGGUUUCAAGGGGCGUCCAACGGUGCACAGUGCGCCCGCGAAGCAACAAAACUUGCAUGCGCAAGGAUGAGUUGAAGGUUCGCAUGGCCAAAAACUGCUAGACGCAUCUGGAAAUGGGGGAAACCCGUUGCGCUCAGAGAAAAAUGGCAGUGUACAUAGAGCAGAUGCAGGUUUGGAACUGUGCAACGAUCGCACACAGGGAGAAAAAAAAUAGAUGUUUCGGAUUCCGGAUGGGUGAGAAAGUAUCACAGAAGUGGGGCGAUUGCGGCGUUACGAUUCUCGGUCUCGCAGUCUCAUUUCAAGACGGAAAA